AUGUGGUCAAGUGCAAGCCACGACGGAACGCAGCAGUCUGCACUGCUGGCACUCGGAGCGUUAACCGCAGUCUACGCGUCUUGGAAGCUGCUCAACAUGCCUGCCCCUGUACCGGAUCCAUGCAUGGAGGAUCUCUUCCGUCCUGCUUCAACACUGCCCAUUCUUGGUAAUACUUUGGACGUUCUUCUCUUCAACCGCUAUCGCAUGAGCGACUGGAUCAACGACCAAACUGAUGCAAGUGAAGGCAAACCGUGGAUCCUGCAACUGCUUUUCCAACCGCCCUGGGUCGUGCUCUCCAUGCCCAAUGAUCUCCACGAUGUAUUCGUGGACAAAUUCGACGUCUUCGAGAAAGGAGGAACCCUCGGAGACAUCUCGUUCGAUGUGCUCGGUUACGGACUACUUAACGUCAACGGGGACAAGUGGAAACAGCAGCGUCGAGCUGCCAGUCACCUCUUCUCGACCAAAAGCAUUCGUGAAGUCAUGGAACCGGUUAUCCGCGAGAAAACACUGCAACUUCGUGACGUCCUGGCGCAAUGUGCAGACCGCGAACAAACUGUCAGUAUGAAGUCGCUAUUGGGCAAAUUCACGAGCGACGUGUUCACCCGCAUCGGUUUCGGCGUAGAGCUUAACCAACUCGGUGGAGACGUUCACAUUGAUGAGAUGCACCCGUUAGAUAUCGCACUCCAUGCAGUGCAGAACCGAUUUCAGACUCCCAUGUGGAUGUGGAAACUCGCGCGAUUCUUUAAUAUCGGCGCUGAAAAGCGACUACGUGAUAACAUGAAGAUUGUCAAUGACAUGGUGCGUGAUAUUAUGGUUCGAUCCAUUACUGAGAAGACUCUGGACGAGAGGAAGAACCUGCUUACAUUGUUGAUGAACGACAAUGUCAACGCUGAUCCACGUGAACUACAAGACACAGCGGUUAACUUCUUUAUCGCUGGGAAGGACACGACGUCUUUCAGUCUGUCGUGGCUCAUUGUGAUGAUGAACCGCCAUCCACGAGUUCUUGGAAAGAUUCGUGAAGAGAUCCGAACUGUACUGCCGGGUUUAUUAACUGGAGAAAUAGAGGCGCCAACACUUGAGGACACGCAGAAACUCGUGUACUUAGAUGCAGCAGUGAAGGAGAGUGUACGUCUGUGGUCUGUUUCCACGUAUCGGUGUGCGACUCGUGACACAACACUUACGGACGGUGCGUUCAUCAAGAAAGGAACCGUGGUGGUCGUGUCGAAGUACGCCGCUGCCCGACGCACGAACGUGUGGGGAGAGGACGCAGCGGAAUACAGACCUGAACGUUGGUUCGACGAGAAAACCGGGGAGCUGAAGAACAUCUCACCACCGAAGUUCAUCACGUUUAGUACAGGUCCACGCAAGUGCAUUGGAAUGCGUCUUGCUAUGCUGGAGAUGAAGACUGUCGUGGCCGUGCUUUUCAGUCGCUUCGACAUUGAGACGGUGGAAGACCCGUUCAAAAUCACCUACGACUUCUCCUUUGUGCUACCGGUCAAAGGUCCAUUGGCUGUGCGAAUCCGUAAACGCAUCGAUUCCACCGUCUAA